AGAGAGAGAGGGAGAGCGAGAGAGAGAGGUGUGCUUUCUCUUUGUACUGACUGAAGAGUUGAGGUCGUCGCUGCUGCCUCGUCUCUUUUAUGUAAGCAGAGUUUACACGCGGCUGUAAAUAGCACAAUAAGCCGGUCGCACUUUUCGUUUCGCCGUUACUUGUCUCUCGCUUCUGUGUUGUUCUGUGCUAGUUUUUUUGAGAACCGUCUGACCAACAAAGCGUGAGGUCCAGGCUGUGGUGCUUCUCCUUCUUCCCCCUCUGUGGAUUUUUACCCUCACACAUCCAACACCAGUCGUGGUUUUUCCCCUCAGUUUUUUCCAGUCGCUGCGUUUUCUCGCCUCGUUCUCCUUCUUUCAACACUUCCACACCUCCGGGUUUUCCUCCCCUCCCUCCCCACUUCGACCCCCCCUCAAAAACCGAGCGACCAUGGCUGCUGUAACGAGCCCGGAGACGAGCCCUCCACCCCGGGUUUAUUUCCAGACGCCGGAUGCUUCCGAACCGGAGACGCCGGUUCGGAAGCAGGGACGUGUUACGGUCAAAUACGACCGCAAGGAGCUGAGGAAGAGACUGAACCUGGAGGAGUGGAUUAUCGACCAGCUAACGGACCUGUACGACUGUGAGGAGGAGGCCAUCCCAGAACUGGAGAUAGACGUGGACGAGCUGCUGGAUAUGCCCAGUGAUGUUGAACGAGCAGCCAGGGUCAAGGACUUGCUGGUUGACUGUUAUAAACCUACUGAGGUCUUCGUCUCCGAGCUCCUGGACAAGAUCCGAGGGAUGCAGAAGCUCUCCACGCCUCAGAAGAAAUGAUGGCAUCCCUCCUCCUACUCUGCCUCCUCCCUACAUCCUCCCGCCCUCACCGCUCAUCUCUUCUGUCGCUCCCCUUUCUUUUUGUCUUCUGUUUCAGUACCUUCCUUUUUUCCUCUCUUCAUCCCUCCCUUUUCUCAAGUUGCCUGGAUCCAGUCCCAUAAAUCACUUCCAUUUUAAAGAAUUAAUAAGUGAUUAAGAGUUUCAAUGGCACUUCUUAACACCAGGCACUCUCCUUCCUUCCUUCCUUCCUCCCUCCAUCCUUUAUUUGGCUUCACUCCUCUCCUCUCGUCCAGCUCUUCCUUCUUUCCACCCUCCGCUGCGCUACUCUCCAUCCUCCAUCUGUCUGAGGAGGAAGAGGAGGGGAGUUGCGAUGAGACGCAUCCCAUAAUUACUGGGAGCGGAGCAGCUCAGAGUAGGAUGAAUCAGAGUAGCCAAGAAAAGAGUGGAUGGGUGAACGAUGAUGGAGGGAACAGCAGCCUAUCACUGCUUAUAUUCCCCUUUUAUGUUAUUUGUGAGGGAAACUGUAUCUGAUCCAGCUCCCAAACGUCCUCCUUCUGCCAUUUCCCUCUCCAUUUUGAGGGCACGGGGGGAAUACUCACUUGAAUUUAGUCUUUACGUGAAUCACUUUUUUGGGGGGUCAGUGAGCAGAUAUCUUCACCUUAAUCAAAGGCAUUUGCUACAGUGGUGCAUUGAAACGAAGUGUCUGUUGGAAAAACAAGCUGCACUAUGUAAUUGUGGGAGGAAAUCUGAACCUCUGACCACAAGGAGUAUUGUAUGGUGUAUUUUUAGUCCAGCAAAGAGGCUAAUUUGAUCCUUGAAGCUCAAAGAAAGUCACUGGUUGGCUGUGGUGGUGGUCAUAUUAUCCAAAACCAAUUUUAGACUUACAAAAAACACAUCUUCCUUUAGAGUUAGAAGUAGGUUAUUUUGGGUUGGCUGUGCUUAACUUGAAUUCAAAUUCUUGCAAAAAAAAAAAGAAGAGGAACUUUUCUCAAAUACAUAGUGCUGUCCUAAGAGAGGCUUUGUAGAAGCCCCUGCUGUCCAGCCUGCACAUACACACUCUACGUACAAGGUCUGUGUGUUGCUAAAUGCUACGUGUGUGGGGCUGUUUUUUAGGCCUGUAUAUUCUGCUGUUCUGUAUGAAAACUUUUAGUGUAGGACUGGUUCCUGGGGGUUUUUUUUGUUUGUUUUUUAAAAAAUACACAUACACACACACACAGGCACACACUGACAGUUCAACAGAGGACCUGGAACAAAGCUGCCUUGUUUUUUUUCUUUCUUUUUGUCUUUUUUUUUACAUCCCCUCCCCUGCUCGGACUCUUUCUCACAGUGUUUCCCUUUUUUCUACGAAAUCAUAGAGUCCUCCACAUUGUUUCGCGUUUGGCGGACAUUCAGUCCGCGGCGGUCACAUGUUGUGUAGAUGUGGGAACUCUGAAAAUGCCUUUUUACAUCAGUCCAGCCACCAACGAGAUGUGAAUAUGAAGGAUGGAGGCCGCUCUUUAGAAUUUGAAUGUGUCUAAAUGAAUUCGCCGCUCUCUUUUCCUCCAUUUUUCUUUUUCCUCUGCUCUCUUUCUCUCUCUCUCACACACACACACACACACACACAAAGACCACCCUUGGGGCAGAGGAACCACAUUCACAAACACAGUUGCCUCUUACACAGAUGCACACACUCACACACACACAAGUGCAGAGAGAAAAGAGGAGAUUUUCCGUUUUGCAGCUGCCAAUCAUCUCCCAGAAUAAGCCAUCUGUUUCAGAUUCUAAGCCAAUCAGAUCGAAGGCCAAAGCCCAUCGGCCAAUAGGAGGAGCAGCAACAUUUGCUGUGACCAUUUGCCGACGACACCUGCGGUGACAGCAGACCUCCGAUCUCUUCGUCUUUAUCUCGCACACACACACGCACACACACACACACACACACACACACACUGUGGCCCAUUUUCUUCUUGCUGCUCUGUCAUUUCUCCCUGGCAUCCACUCGCUCCUCCUCUAUCUUCAUCCCUCUGUUCGCCCUCCCUUUUCUAUUCUUCUUCCUUUUCUUCUUUAAGAAACAGAUGUUGCCUUAGGUAUUAUUUAUGUUACACAAACCAAAUAAACGGGAGACAUUCAUUUUUAUUAAAAAAAAAAGAAAAGAAGAAAGGUAACGCAAACUGCUAAGGCGCCGUGUUACUGAGCAGAAAUGCCAAGCGUGGAGAAUCCGAGAUCUUCUCUCGCUCCGUUUCUGUCUCCUUUUUGAAAAACAAAAUGAGAUUCUGUUUCUUUUUUUUGUUUUUGUUUUUUUAGAAGUGUGUGUUUAGUACUUAGGCCUUGAUACAGUGAUUUUUGUUUAGAUGAACCAAUGUUCUUUGCAGUUACAUUGAAUACAGGUCUCUUUUUAUUGUGAUCAUGACACUUCUUGAUGACAUGCCUUGGAUUAACAUGACGUUUAAACACAAAUCCAUUCAGAUUAACGUUGGUGUUGAUUGGUUUUGUGUUCCAAAUCGAUUCACCGUCUAAAAUCUGAAUGGAUUUUCAUUUCUAAAUCCAGGUUUGGAUUGUACCUUCUUAGACUGUUAUUGAGAAGUCUGGUUUUUUUUACUGUUGUGGAAAAUUGCAAAAAAAAAAAAAAGAUAUAUAUACUGAUAAUUAUCAUUGAGGCUAAAUACAAGAGCUAAACUGUGGGGAUUGAAGGAGUGGUGGAGUUUUCUUUUGGGUUUUUUUGGACAAUGAUUAGAUCAAACCAACAAACAAAUGUAGCAAUAUCAACAACAGGUCUUGUUUUUGCCCAAUUUUGUUACACUUUUAUGCAACUUUAAUAAAAACAUGUGAAACUGA